AUGGAUUAACUCAAACUCAAACCUUGUAACUGCCUGACCGCACAUCCACUGACAGAGUGGGUGGUUGGGGAUGGGAACAGUCUAUGCAGUCUAAGGAUUUCCCGUUUUCCAAAAGGGUUGUCCGAAAAGGGUUGCCCUCGCACCCCAAAACCUAUUGAAGGCUUGUGGAGCAAACGGUUUCGGUAUUUCUUUUUGUUUCCCGCCUGCAUCCUUUGGCCAAGACACGGACACUUUCCCCAUCCCUCCGCAGCACAAUGGAAAAUACAAUUUUCGCAAUCUUUGCUUAUCUUUUCAUCUCUCUGUGGCUGCCUCGUUCGUUGCAUGAUUCGUUGUUGCUGUUGUUGGCCAACCAGAAAAUCGGUAGAAAGCUAA